CAGCCGGUUGGCUCCGGCCAGGGCCGCUCGAGCCCGCGGGACUGGCGGAGGUGGCCGGGCUCGGCCCCGCGCGCCUUCGUUAUGCUCGCGAGCGCGCGGGGAGUUGAUGGGCUUCACGCGGCAGAGGGCACCGACUCCGGCGUGGACGAGGAGGCGGCCCUGGGGUCCAGGCCCGGGGCCCCGCGCCAGAGGCCUCGGCUGCCGCAGCGGCGGCCCGCGGCGGCCGGGCGGACGGCGGCAGCCCUGGUGGUCGCGUGCGCUGGCGCCGCCGCGGCGGCCGCCGCGCUCUGGCGCGGAGCGCCCGCCGCGGCGCGGGGCGGCAUUCGGGAGGGCGACGCCUGGGAGAACUUGCUGGAGUCAUUGCACACGUCCAGUGACAAGGGGAGCCUCACAAUGUCGGCAGUGACCCGGGGGAGCACCAUGGUGGAAGUGCAGAAACCUCAGCUCUUCCAUGCGGGCGACAAGGUCGUCAUGGUGAACACGGCACACGAUAGUGGAGGAGCCAGUGCGGAAGGCGUCGUGGCGUUCAUCGAGGGCAGUCAGGUAGUGCUCAGAGACCCCAUCAAAAGUGCAUUUCCCGCAUACAGCUUCAUGAUUGUGCGGGCCGCCACGCCCACCCCAGCAAACACAGCUUUAGCCCCACCUGCGUCCGCUCCCACUGCCCCGCCAGCAAACCCAGCCUUGCCAAAGCCCGCUCCCGCGGCCCCGCAGGCAACCCCAGCGCCGCCCGCGCCCGCGCCCGUGGCCCCGCUGGCGAACCCAGCCUUGCCAAAGCCCGCUCCCGGGGCCCCGCAGGCAACCCCAGCGCCGCCCGCGCCCGCGCCCGUGGCCCCGCUGGCGAACCCAGCCUUGCCACAGCCCGCUCCCGCGGCCCCGCAAGCAACCCCAGCGCCGCCCGCGCCCGCGCCCGUGGCCCCGCCGGCGAACCCAGAGAGUCAUACACCUACGGCCGCUCCCGCGGCCCCUCGGACAAACCCACCACUUCCCACGCCUACGUCCGCUCCCGUGGCACCGCGGACAACUUCAACGUUGCCCGCGCCCAGGUCCGCUUCCCACGUGGACCCGCCGGCAAACCCAGCGCUGCCCGAGCGCGUUCCCGCGGCACCUCCGGCAAGCCCAACGCCCGCUCCCACAGCCCCGCCGACUCCUCAUCCCACGUCAGACAGCGACGCGGGCAUCGUCCCGCUGUCAGCCAGCUCGGACGCGCAAGAGACGUCGACGUCUUCUGCAGCACGCGUGUCGCCGGGUCAGUCAGGUCUCAGCCGUCCGAGAGCCUACUUGUCGCGGGCAUCGACGGUAGCUCUGUUCGCCGUUGUCACGUGCUGCGCGUGCGGCCUCUUCUUCCGCUGGUUUCGCGGGGCCGAUCGGCAGACCGACGAGGAACACGUGGAUCCUAGGGGGGUGAAGACGCGGACCACACUUCCGGCCACGGCAGGGCAAGCCGUGCUCCGAACCGCGAGCACCGGCGGCUUCUGCGUGGGCGACAAGGUGUUGAUAUCGAGCGGCGACGGCGACGAGUUUGGCAUCAUUCACGACCUACAGGGCGGUGACACCAUGGUAUUGGUUCAACCACUGGAGCAUCGCCACCCUACGGGCGCAACGAUCUUGUCCCGGGGAGCUGGCGCGCACACGCCGCGGCGCAGCGCGAUGGUCAACGAGCUGUUUCAGGUGCUGGACGCCGACGGCAAUCAUCACCUGAACAGGAGCGAGCUGAUGGUGCUUGCAAAACUCGACGGCUUCACUGGAUCUAACGAGGAGUGGAAGAAGGAGUACUCGAAGUUUGCACUCACUCACUUCCACAAGGAGCGUAGUCUUGGUUGCAACCGCUGCCAGUUCGCAAGCCUGGUUAACGACCGCGAUGCAUUUUACCUCACCGACGAAGAGAUCCGCCGCUACACUGAUGACAUCCGCCACUACAUGGACACGCUGAAAAGAAUUGAUAUCGGGGGAUCCCGUCGCUGACUCAAGUGCCACAUCAAUUGGAUGCAUAUAUUUUGCUUUUAGAGGACACCAGAGUACUGGUACCUCAUACUGAUGGCACCCAGCUGCCUGCGGCAAGCCCCGCCGACGAGCCAGCGGCACAUCGAAGUGCACACAGGGUGGUCCUACCGAGGAAUUCGAACAGUCUGGCUAGAAUAGUUCCCAACCGUCCUGCGCUGGAAAUUGCUUGGGUGAAUGUGCCCCUAGGUUUCUAAUUACAGAAGUCCUCUCAGACAUCUAAGAGGCUUGUUGUCACGCCCCAGCGUGCCGAUAGCACUGUGGCGGAUCAGUCUCGGUCGAAAUUAACGUCUUUGCUCAGCAAUGCUGAACCGCCCUGUUAUAUUUUCCUACAGCACAGGCGCCAAAGGCGCUCAGGUGGCUUGCCUGGUCUGACGAUGACGAUGGUCAUCUUCACUAUCAGUCGAUCAACCGAUCAACCAAUCAGCCAAUCAACCACCAAUCAUCAUCGUCGCCUUUGCCUUCGUCAUCUUCGUUGCCAUCGUGAUCUUCGUUGCAACUGACCUCAACA